AUGCACCGCAUUCAGACCGCCGGACUGGGUGUGAAGAAUGACCAACAUACUACUCUGCACGGGCUACGAUGCGAUCGUAUAAGUAACGUUAGCCUUCCCGGAACUGCUUCGGGCAGUCGGUGGGACAUCACUCUGUCAGGGGACACGGUCUCAACCGUAGAGCCUUGCGAAGAUAAAGUGCAACCACCAGAUCCGGUCACCGAGCACAACGUCAUCGAUGCCAAAGGUGCUCUACUCGCACCUAGCCUGUGUCAUCCGCACGUUCACUUGGACAAAGCAUACCUGCUCAGUCACCCGAAGUAUGCGGACCUCCAGAUCGAGCGCGGCGACUUUGCCGAGGCCAUGGAGCUCACAAGCAGGGCCAAAGCCCAGUUCGAACAUCUGGACUUGCUUGAACGAGGGCAGAGACUCAUCGACGAAAGCGUAAAAGCAGGCGUUACUCACAUGCGUGCCUUCGUCGAGGUCGACGCCGGCGUAGGCACGAAGUGCUUGGAUGCAGGCUUGGAGCUGAAACGGAAGGCCGAGGAGCACGGCCGCUGCUUCGUGCAACUGUGUGCGUUCGCCCAGUUACCGCUCUUCACGGCCUCCGGUGGCGAUCCGGACGGCUCUGUAAUCAGAUGUUUACUAGAGCAAGCGGCUAAGACCGACGGGGUAGAUGUGGUGGGUAGCACGCCGUACGUGGAAGCUGACAGAGACAGGAUGGAGCAGAAUGUAGCUUGGAUGGCCGAUCUGGCAAUAGAUCAGAAUAAGCACCUUGACUUCCAUCUUGACUACAACCUUGACCCGAAGGUAGAACCGUUGCUCUGGCAUGUCACAGCCACACUACGCAAAAAGCACUGGACUUCAUACAACGAGAAUCGUAACAUCGUCUUGGGACACUGCACGCGCCUGACGCUGUUCUCGUCUCAAGAGUUCGAGCGACUGCGAGAAGCGAUCGGCGGCCUGCCCAUCUCCUUCGUUGGCUUGCCGACCAGUGAUCUUUAUAUGAUGCGCGAGGCGAACCAGAGGAGAGGUACGCUUGAUAUAGUGAGCAUGAUACAACGCUACGGUAUGAACGCAUGCUUGGGUAUCAACAAUAUCGGCAACGCUUUUACACCUCAUGGAAGCUGUGAUCCGUUAGCUUUGGCUUGCAACGGCAUAGGGAUUUACCAAUCAGGAACGAAGAAAGAUGUGGAGCUUCUGUACGAGUGCAUUAGCACACGUGCGAGAGAGGCGAUCGGGCUCGGUCGAGCGAAGCAGACGAUCGAGAAUGCUGAUGGCGAUCCAGAAGAAGUGACGGAUUUCGCGUUCGAAGUUAAAGAGGGCGACACUGCGCUUCUACUCUUCGGUGCCGAAGAAGAUGCUUGGAAAACGAGGAAAAGUGUCUCCGAAGCUGUGUAUCUGUAUGACCACUGUCAGGGCCGGCGGGUGUUCCUGAAUGGUAAGCUUACCAUCUAA